AUGGCCGGCCUUUUCAAAAUCAUUGCAUCCGCCUUCGACCGAGGCUUUGGCGAAGGGCAAAAGGGUCCUUACACUUUCCAGGACACAUCCGAAGGCACACUUGCGAGAUUUAUCGAAUGGGCAUACACCGCGGAUUAUCCCGCCAUUAUCAAACCGACUGAGGCCGAUGAGCAAACCGCCGUAGAUUAUCCCGGCGAGAAGGCUGUCUCCACAACGAACUCAAAGCCCAAUCUCACACAAGAGAACCACCCGCUCCUCUCACAUAUCCGUCUCUACAUUUUUUGCAGCAUCUAUGUCAUACCAGAUCUCCAGAAGCUCGCUUUCGACCGAGCUACGGCGGCUUUUACUGAGCUCAAACGACCGACUACCCUCGACACCCAGCUCUCGGUGAUCGCGGCGAUGCGCGUAUCCUUUCGCAAGCUAUUGCCCAACGAUCAGCUGCUCGACUGGCUCGCUCAGUAUGCUGCGUACAAUGUGGAUCAUUUACGUAUUCAGCGCGGCUUUCAUGAUUUGUUGCAGGAGUCUCCCACGCUAGCCUCGCGAAUGGUGUUGUCUUUGAAAGCUACGGGUGUUCCACCGUGGGAAUCAAAGCCGCCAAAGUAUGAAUUCGCCCAUUACGCUCCUGACUAUUCUUACGACGAUGGAUAUGAUUAA